UUCAACUACCGCGAUCCAAACCGUCCAGUCAUACUCCAAAAAUGGCUUUCCGCUACCUCAUCCCCCUGUGCGCCCUGGUGGCCUAUGCCAAUGCCGGUCUUUUGGCCAGCCACGUGGCCAUUGCCAAUCCGUCGGUGGAUGCCGUGGCCUCCACCCAACACGAUGUGGUGCGCUCCUUUGCCGGCACUGUAUCCAGCUACUCCAAGGCGGUGGACACCCCGUACUCCAGUGUGAGGAAGAGCGAUACCAGGAUCCAGAACAACGUCUACACCCCGGCCAUUGCCAAGACCACUUAUGCUGCUCCGCUGUACACUCAGGCCACUCCUCUGGUGGCCAAGACCCUGGUCCAUGCUCCUGCUCCCGUCGUGGAGAAGACCGUGUAUGCUGCUCCAGCUCCCGUUUUGGCCAAGACCGUCUACUCCGCUCCAGCUCCGGUCUAUGCUGCUCAUGCUCCAGUCUAUGCCGCUCCUGCUAAGGUUUAUGCUGCUCCUGUUGUGGCCAAGACUGUGUACUCCGCUCCUGCUCCUACUGUCUACUCUGCUCCCGCCCCGGUUUAUGCUGCUCCUGCUCCAGUUCUGGCCAAGACUGUGUACUCCGCUCCUGCUCCCGUUGUGGCCAAGGCAGUGUUCUCCGCCCCAGCUCCAGUCUAUGCCGCUCCAGCUCCAGUCUAUGCCGCUCCCGCUCCCGUUGUGGCCAAGACCGUGUCCUAUGCCGCACCACUGGCCACCACCAAUGUGAACCACGGACCCGCGGCCACCACCUACACCCACAAUGCCCCCGCUCUGGGCGUGUCCAGCUAUGGUAGCUCCCAGACGGUUCACUACUCGCCCGCCGAGAGUGUGUCGCACAUGAGCUUCGAUGGAUUCGGAACCCACUGGGGUUUCUAA